AUGGCGGCCAACAUGCGUGGUCUCACGCAGUUUAUUGCGGACAUUCGAGGUGCCAGGGUUCGCGAACUGGAAGAGAAGAGGAUCAACAAAGAAAUGGCGAAUAUACGGAAGAAGUUCAAAGACGGUAAUCUGGAUGGGUACCAGAAGAAGAAAUAUGUCGCGAAGAUCAUCUUCACAUACAUACUGGGAUACAAAGUCGAUGUCGGCCAUAUGGAAGCCGUCAAUCUCAUUUCCAGUGCAAAGUACAGCGAGAAGCAGAUAGGAUACUUGGCCGUCACCUUGCUAAUGCACGAGAACUCGGAUUUCCUGCGUCUCGUGGUGAACUCUAUUCGCAAGGAUCUUGAUGCCAACAACGAAAUCGACAACUGCCUCGCGCUCCAUGCUAUAGCCAACGUAGGAGGAAGUGAAAUGGCAGAAGCUCUAGUCGAGGACGUCCAUCGGUUAUUAAUAUCCCCUACUUCGCAGACAUUCGUGAAGAAGAAGGCGGCUCUCACUCUUCUGAGGCUAUACCGCAAACACCCAGAUGUGAUCCCUGCUGCAGAAUGGGCUCUACGAAUCGUAUCACUCAUGGACGACACGGACUUGGGGGUUGUUGUUUGCGUUACAAGUUUGGUCAUGGCGCUGGCACAGGACCACCUGGAUGCGUAUGCCGUUUGCUAUACCAAAGCCGUAGAUCGAUUGCACAGAAUUGUCAUUGAACAUGAAUACGCAGCAACAUACGCCUAUUACAAGGUGCCCUCUCCGUGGCUGCUCGUCAAAUUACUAAGGCUACUACAAUAUUACCCGCCGUCUGAGGACCCAACUAUUCGUUCAAUGAUUCAUCAAGUCCUCCAAACGAUCAUGAACAAUAGUGCCGAACCCUCACGGAAUGUUCAACACAACAACGCUCAGCAUGCCGUUUUGUUCGAAGCUAUCGGUCUAGCCAUACACUUGGACACCAAAUCUCCGCUUGUCGGCACUGCAGCUGUCUUGCUUGCUCGUUUUAUUUCAUCCAAGGAAACCAACGUCAGAUACUUAGGCCUCGACACAAUGGCGCAUCUAGCUGCACGCGCUGAUUCUCUGGAGCCAAUUAAGAAGCACCAAAACACGAUCAUAUUAUCCCUGCGCGAUAAAGAUAUAUCUGUUCGGCGACGAGCUCUUGACCUUUUGUACAGCAUGUGCGAUGUUGAUAAUUCUGAACUCGUAGUGGGGGAAUUGUUGCGGUACCUCAAAGUGGCAGAUUAUGCAUUACGUGAAGAGAUGGUGCUCAAGAUUGCCAUUCUUACCGAGAAAUAUGCCACAUCAUACAAGUGGUAUGUGGACACCAUCCUUCAGUUGAUCAGCGCUGCCGGAGACCACGUUGGCGACGAAGUAUGGUACCGGGUCGUCCAAAUCGUCACAAACACAGAGGAUCUUCAAGAAUAUGCCGCGAAAGUUGUCUUCGAGCACCUCAAGGCACCUUCUACACACGAGUCCCUCGUCAAGGUUGGAGGAUAUAUUCUUGGCGAGUACGGACAUAUGAUCGCCAACGAAAGAGGUUACAGCCCCAUCGAACAGUUCCAACUUCUUCACUCCAAGUCUCAAUUCUGCGUUGCAUCGACACGUUCCUUACUUCUCUCCACGUACAUUAAAUGGGUCAACGUUUUCCCUGAGAUCAAGCCGCAGUUAUUAACAAUCUUCGACCGCUAUCGACAUGUACUCGAUGCAGAACUCCAACAGCGUGCCUGCGAGUUCUACGCUUUAGCGUCACGUCCAGAUGAUGACGAACUCCUGCAGAAUGUGUGCGAAGAAAUGCCUCCCUUCCCGCCUCGUGUUAGCGCUUUGCUUGGAAGACUGAACCGGAAACUGGGUGAUACGGAGGAUAAGCGGACGUGGGUCCAUGGUGGGAAGGAGGCAAAUCUGGAUCGCGCAGUUACGAAGAAGCGUACGGAAAACGGUACGGACGCGGCGACAGCCACGGCAGACGGUUCAGACAUCCUGAACUCUCUUGCUGGUUUGGACCUAACGUCGACAUCUCAAACGCAACUCGGCUCGACAGAAGACUCAUUCCCUUCGGACAAAGCACCCAGGCUCACCUCAGGACCAAACAUAGACCGUUGGUUCGACAAGCUGGUAUACAAUGCUGAGGGUGUGUUGUACGAGGAUGUGCAGUUGCAAAUAGGCAUCAAAUCGCGAUACCAAGGUCACAUAGGGCAACUGGCAAUAUACAUGGGAAACAAAGUUUCAGCUCCUCUAACGUCCUUCACAACAACGGUCCAUGUGCCCGACCCGAACGCCUUGACCGCAUCCUUCGCAAAGAUCCCUCCCAGUACCAUUCCACCAUUGACCCAGACCCAGCAACUGCUGCAUAUCGAAUGCAAAAAGGCCUUCACUUCACCCCCGAUCCUCACGAUAUCAUUCCUCGCCGGUUCUCAUCAGACGAUAACAGUCCGGUUGCCCGUUGUGCUCACAAAAUUCUUCGAGCAUGUCAGCCUUGGGCAAGCCGAUUUCUUUGAAAGAUGGCGGUUGAUUGGUGGGCCUCCCAGAGAGGCGCAGGCCAUUUUCCCUGUUGAGCUAACAAGUUCGGGGCAACUGGAUCUUGUCAAAAACCGUAAUGUUGUUGCGGGGCAUGGUUUGAAUAUCCUUGCAGAUAUCGAUCCGAACCCUAGCAAUCUUGUGGGGGCCGGCGUAUUGCAUAUGUCGGUAGAUGGUAAAGUUGGUUGCUUACUACGGGUAGAGCCAAAUCGUGAAGCUAAGCUCUGUCGUCUCACUGUUCGAAGUACAUCAGAGGAAGUUGCUCAGGAAGUGAAGAACCUCAUACAAAAGCCACUGAAAGCAGAAGGUACAUAA